AAACAUAAGCCGUGCUUCUGCUUUAUUGUCAAGUCUACAAUGUAAAACUGUACAAGUAUUACAAAGCAUCCGAGUCAUCCUUUGUUAUUUCUCUCUCUUUAUUUUUUAAAUUAGAUUCCCCCUUGUCUCUCGCAUCAUCUAUGACGACCCCUUCCUCGCCGCCGGCGACCACCCAUCAACUUUCCUUCGAUACGGACCCCCAGUCCUCCGGUUCCGGAGAGAAUCAGCAAAUACGGAGAAGACGAACGACGAGCAAGACCGCCGGAGCCAAUUUGCAGCGGCGGCCUAGUCUACUGGACCGCCGGAAUUCUCUAACUCGCGACAUUGAACAUGCAGCUGCCGAGACUUAUCUGAUUACUCAUCUUGCUUUUAAGCUCCUCAGUUAUCUCGGAAUAGGUUAUCGAUGGAUCUCGAAACUAUUUGCACUUUGUUUAUAUGCUCUCUUCCUUAUGCCUGGUUUCAUUCAAGUUGGUUAUCAAUAUUUCUUCUCAACCCAAAUACGAAGGAGUAUUGUUUAUGGAGAUCUGCCGAGAAAUAGGUUGGAUCUGUAUUUACCAAAGAACACGGAUGGCCUGAAACCAGUUGUUGCAUUUGUGACUGGCGGAGCCUGGACUAUUGGGUAUAAAGCAUGGGGAUCUCUUUUAGGACAGCAGUUGGCCGAUCGAGAAAUUAUAGUAGCGUGCAUUGAUUACAGAAAUUUUCCCCAAGGAUCAAUUAGCGACAUGAUUAAAGAUGCUUCCCAAGGGAUCUCAUAUGUUUGCAACAACAUUAUUGACUAUGGAGGUGACCCUGACAGAAUUUAUGUAAUGGGGCAAUCAGCUGGUGCACAUAUCUCCUCUUGUGCUCUUUUGGAGCAAGCGAUCAAAGAAUCAAAAGGAGAGCGUGUUUCUUGGAGUGUAUCUCAGAUAAAAGCUUAUUUUGGUUUAUCAGGGGGGUACAAUAUAACUGAGCUGGUUGAUCACUUCGAUCGCCGAGGAUUGUAUCGCUCUAUAUUCCUAAGUAUAAUGGAAGGGGAAGAAUCCUUAAAACGUUAUUCACCUACCAUCGUUAUACAAGAUCCAAGUGUUAAGACUGCUGUAUCACUUUUGCCCCACAUUGUCCUUUUUCAUGGAACGGGAGAUAUUUCCAUACCACACAAUGCGAGUCAAGAUUUCGUAGAUGCCUUGCGUAGAGUUGGAGCAAAAGCUGAACUGAUUUUGUUUGCUGGAAAAACUCAUACAGAUCUAUUUCUUCAGGAUCCAAUGAGAGGCGGUAAAGAUGAGCUUUUUGAAUACAUCACUACUUACAUUCACGCUGGUGAUGAGGAAGCUCUUGCUAAAGAUGCUAUGGCACCUCCAAGAAGACGACUUGUUCCGGAGAUUCUCUUGAAGCUGGCUCACGAUGUGAGCCCUUUCUAAGCUCUCUGUUUGUAAUUAUUAGCUAGUUUUCUGUUUCUUUUCCUUCUGUACUGUUCUGUUUGUUGUUGAUGCUUUGACUAGGUACUAAAGUAGGCAAUGGUUAGUGCAUAUUGUUGUCAUUCUUUUAAGAAAGAGUUGUAGACAUAUAUUCUUUAUUACUUUUUUCCUCAGUACGAUCAA